AUAAAAUAGAAAUCAUUUUUUUUCGAUUAUAUAACAUUAAUUAAUAUUUCGCAGCUCACUCAACCGUUAAAUUAUGCAAAUUAAAACCAAUAAUCGGAUUCAAUCUUCGUUAUACAAUCGUUUUAAUAGUUAAAAAUGUAUUACUAAGCCCAGUUUUUAAAUAAACACCAUCAAAACAAGUUACAAGUAAAUAUAUGAUGUGAUAAAUCAUGAAUUAUCAAUGAAUUGCACCAGAUAAAAUCAAAAAAAAAGUUUUAAAUAUCUUAUAGAGAUAAAACGGAUUAAAAAUCGAAACGUGCCGUCGUUUUUCAUCGCCAAAAAUUAAUUCGUGGUGAGAUUCCAACGAAUUAAAAUGAUUUCUUUAACGAAAGGGUUAAUAAUAGUGGGCGUUAUCGUGGUUAUUGCGGUCGUUUCGAGUGUUACCGCGGUUUUAUUGACCGGAAACGAUGAUUUGGACGAAGAAUACAAUUUUCGAUUAUCAAUAAUACAUCUAAAUGAUUUUCACGCACGGUUUGAAGAAACUUCAACCGAUUCGGGGUCGUGCAAAUCAAACGAAUGCAUUGGGGGUAUUUCUAGAGUUUACACCGCCGUUAAUCAGUUGAGAGAAUCGCGAGUUAACCCGAUUUUUUUAAACGCCGGGGAUAAUUUUCAAGGAACUUUGUGGUAUAAUUUGUUUAAAUGGAACGUUACCGCGCAUUUUUGGAACAUUUUAGAACCGAACGUUACGACUCUGGGUAAUCACGAAUUUGAUGACAAAAUCGAAGGUUUGGUUCCGUUUCUGAACGCGCUCAAUUCCCCGAUUGUCGUUUCCAACAUUGACGACUCCGAAGAACCCACAAUGCAAGGGUUGUACGAAAAAAGUACCGUUUUGGAGGUGGAUGGGAGAAAAAUCGGCGUCGUUGGAGUCAUUUUAUCAACAACAAACGAAAUCGCUUCAACGGAGAAAUUAAAAUUUUUGGAUGAAUCCGAGAGCGUUAAUAAAGAAGCGGAACGCCUUUUUAACGAGGAAGGCGUAUUCACGGUGAUUGUUUUAUCUCAUUGUGGUUACGAAGUAGAUCAAGAAAUUGCCCGGAAAGCAAUCCCCGGAAUCAGUGUGAUCGUUGGGGCUCACUCCCACACUUUGUUAUACAACGGAACCCCACCAAACGGAAUCGCUUACGGCCCAUAUCCCACAUUAAUCGAAAACGAGGAAGGACAACAAAUUUUAAUAGUGCAAGCUUCUGCUUACACGAAAUAUUUGGGGGAUUUAAUCGUCGAUUACGACGAAAACGGAAAUGUGAUUAAUUACGAAGGGAGCCCCAUUUAUUUGGAUCACACCGUCCAAAAAGAUGAAAUGAUUGACGAAUUACUCACUCCAUGGAAAGAAGAAGUAGACGCAUCCGGAAAUCGACUUUUAGGCCACACCAACGUCCAUUUAGAUCAAUCAUCCUGUAGAACCAGCGAAUGCAACUUAGGAAACUUCAUAACAGACGCGAUGGUUGCUUAUUUCGCCAAUGAAGCAGAAGAGGGAUCAUGGACCGCAGCUCCAAUCGGGAUAAUAAACGCGGGGGGGAUACGAACUUCAAUAAAUAAAGGAGAUAUAUCAUUCAACGAUUUGGCAACGUCCCAACCUUUCGGAAACACCGUCGAUACCGGAAAAUUACAAGGAAAAUAUAUUCGGGAAUUAAUGGAAAGCGCCGCAAUGCCGUACAAUUCAAAACGAGUCUACGCCGAUGUCAAUUUAAUCCAAGUUUCGGGAAUACGAGUCGUAAUCGAUGUCUCAAAACCACUCGGAUCUAGAGUUACUUCAUUAAAAGUUCGUUGUUCUAAAUGCGAUAUUCCCCGAUUCGAAGAUAUCGAUAAUGAAGAAUUCUAUAACAUCGCUUUGGGCUCGUUUUUAGUGACCGGGGGAGAUGGAUUCAGCAUGAUUACCGAUAAUAUAGUCGAUCAUAAAGUUGGCCCAAUCGACACCGAUAUCCUAAUUGAUUAUAUUAAACAACAAACUCCGAUUAUCACCGGAUUAGAUGAAAGAAUUACGAUCGUUGGGGGAUCCACUAAAGUUUUAUUACAUGAUUAAAUUUUAAAUAAAAUUAUUAAAACCCAAAUAAAUUUGUAUGCAACAUUCUUUUCGCCAUAAUUACAAUAAUUAGUAUCACAAAAACACAUUUCGAUAAAAGUUUCGUUUCCGUCGAUUUCGAUA